GGUGGGUCUAUGAAAGAGAGAACAAAAGAGAGAGAGACAGACAUUAGGUUUUAGUGAGAAAGUUUACUGUGGUCCUGUCCAAGUCUGAGGAAUUAUAUACUUAUAUACUGUCAAUUGUAUACUUACUUGACACAAUAAAAUUACAAGGAUUUCUAUAAAGUGAUGGUUAAGAAAUAAACAAUGUAAUGAUGUCUGUCUAUAAAAUAAAUCUUAAAAAUAUUUCGCAAAGCCAGAAACUCUAUUUCUUUCUCUAGACACUGCUUGUUAAAGUGAAAGUUCAGUGUCCCAACUGAAUUACAUCUGUGUUUGUUGUCCUGAAUAAUAGUUCCUUCUUCAUCCUUUUAUUUUCUCUUCCUACCAGGUCUCCUUACCUGUUUUUGCCUUCAUUCCAUUUUCUAAUUUUUCUUUUUGUUAUUGACAGUGCUACACAUUUGUACCUUCUGAUUCUUGCUUAGCAAUCCCAGUAGUUAUGAAGUAGAGAUCUCCGAUUCUAAUCACUGUUGAAAAUUGUAUUCAUAGAAGUAUGUUCCAAGUAAAGAAUCUUCUUUGGCAAUAGUAAAAUAUUAUGAAACCGUGUGUAGGAUAAACAGGUAGUCUUAGGAAAUAACACAGAGUUGAGGAUAAACAUAAGCCGUAUACAAUUCAUAGAAAAAUCACUUGUAUUCUUAGAAACAGGAACAAGCAGGUACAGGGAACCAAUAAGUCUACAAUGAAAAGUUAAUUAGCAAUUUACACAGGCUGGGAGGAAAAAGUUCAAAAUCCAUCUUCAUGUAUCUCCUAUAUAAGCCACUCACAAUCUCUGUUCACCAGCUGAGUAUCAUAAAUGAAGGAGAACUAAGUUCAUUUGUUAAGACUGCUAAGGGUUCUGCUUUUCCCUCACAAUGGCGGACUGCAAAUUUAUGCUGAAACAAGUUCUGCUCAUCUGCUGUUUCUUGAUGGUACACUGCACACAACCCAACUGUAUAUCUGUGAAAGACUUUGAUAAUUGCCUAGGAAACACAACAGAUUUCUGCCCAAAGGAUAUUGCUUGUGCAUGCAAAGAUGAAAAGCCUUUUUGCAAAUGUCCAAAUUUCAGAGGCCAGUGGGGAGACUACUGGUACAUGGGGGACAAAUGUGAACAACUGUGGAACACUGUGGACCUGAUUUUAGUUGCAACAUUGCCUGGAAUAGCACUGGCUCUAAUCGUUGGUGUGGUAAUCCAGAUUAUCCACUACUGUAAAGGGAAGUCAAAGAAAAAUGAAGGUCAUCACAGAGAAGAGAGGACUAUGCCAGAACUUCGACCUUACCAUAAUUCUGCAUAUGGUUUUGAUACUGAUAGGAAUCUUCCUCAACCUAAUCAAGGCCAGAAUCCUUGGAAUCUAUCCCACAACGAAGCUUUUUCCAGAAUUUCUUUUUCUCCAUCAUCACAAUUAUCCAGAACGAAUUCCAACUGUAUUGCUCAAGAAGUCAAAGAAGGUACUCUUUACAACUAUCCAGCUCAAAACUGGGAUGUCUCUCUGGGACCAACUAAGCCUGUUGUAAACUAUGGGAGCAAUUAUUUAUCAACCACACAGAUGAAGCCAACCUUUGAUGUUUCCACAUCUGGACCUCUGAGAGCAAACUAUACUCCAAAAGAAAAGAAAUACUCAGCUUAUAAAGAACUAGAAAACCCUUAUAAAAUAGGCCGUGCACACAUAAAAUCUGGCUAUUAAUUUUCCCACAGAAAAAAUAAAUGUUUGUGUAAAUCUA